UAUCAGGUAAAUGUUUUUGUAGUGCGCGUCGAACUUCGGCCAUGGAUUUCAACAUCUCGAACAAAACUAAAAAUAAUUCUUCGAUUUCGAGGAAAAAGCCGUCGAAAUCUCAAAAGGCCAAACUAGCCACACAACGGUUGCUCAAACUACGCCGCAAAACAUUCCCAACGCAUAAAAUACCACAAUCGAAGCUGAAGAAGGCGCUAGACUUCCUAGAAAGCAAACCGGAACCGGAGGCGACCACCGAACCAAGGUACCCCAUGUGCUUCGGAAAUAUUGCGUACCAAGUGAGCACGUCCCGAUGGGUGAACAACUUUAUGUCCGAUACCCAGAACGUGAUGCGUGUGGCGUGUCAGUGCGCCGAACGGGGCCAGUGGACUGACUUCAUGAAAACGGUCCAGAUCCUGUGCGAAGAUCCACGGUUCUACGAUAUGCAUGCUGCUUUGAGGAAUGCCUUUUUUGGGAUCAUUGCAGAUCCCAGUUUGGACGAUCGAUCUUUCUUAGAAUCAUACUUGUAUUCUAAUCCUCGCUGUAAGAAUCCAGGAGAUGUCGAAUACUGUAUCAGCAAAAUCCUAGAAGUAUUCCAAGGGAUUAUGAUUAAGUCAAAUCUGCGAAGUAAGGAGGAUGAUGAUGAUUAGCAGGUUUAGUGCAGUAUAAACUAUGAAAUAGGCUAUAUGUAUCGUAUGAUUGAACAAAAAUAUUAACUGUGAUCCAAACAUAUGAAAAAUGUUGUUUUUGUCUCGAUUUCAAAGUGGAUUUCUAUUGAAUAUUAUUAGCGCACGCAUUAAAAAAUGGACCAAUUCUGGAUGGCAAUGUAAUAAAAAAAAAAGUGGAUUACAUCUUUGAUAUAACCGCAAGGUUGACGUGAGACGGCCGUUGGCUUAGCUCAUUUGUUUGUAAUAAUUAAACUAGUGAUUGAAUAAAACAAUCUCUGAAUUCAA